ACGCUAAUUUUAACACACUGAAAGUAAUAUUUUUGGUCGUUUAUAUAAAUUGAACCAUCGAAUGAUAGCCAGGGACAGUCUAUAAUUGAACGUGAACGUGAGAACGUGAGAAAAUUAAAAAAACAAAGAAUAUAUACGUUUUAACGCACUACAGUGAAGGAAGUGUAUUGAAGUGUUUUUAUAGGCAAACACUUAAGUGGUGCUAAUAAAGCAAUUAAAAACAUACAAGAACAAUAAAAAACAUUGAUAUAAUAAAUAACGGUUAAAAAAAAUAUUUGAAUUUAUUCUAAAAAAAAUACUAAAGUUUUAAAAGAAUUCGGAUUUGAAAUAAAAAAAGAAAAUCAUUUAAAAAUGAAGAAAUUUUUAAAUUUAUUAAUAAUCGUUACAAUUUACAUAUCCUGGGUAUGGACAAUAUAUGUUCCAGAACAUACCGAUAACAAACAAAUAAAUGAGAAGCAAUUUGGUAUUGAAAAACCAUUAGGAAAGAUUUUACAGACAAUUGAAGAUAGAUAUGUGCUUAAAUUAAAUAAUAUUAAUAAUAAUGACGCUGAUGUUGAUGAUGGCCAACAACAAAUUGUAUUUAAUGCACAGCAGGCAAAAAAUGCACACCAAUUCAAACUCAUACCAACGCAACAAAAAUCAUACGAUAUCGAUGAUGACGUCGUGGUAAGUGCAAAAAAACGCACAAACCUUAUGCAUGAGAAGAAUUUGGAGGCACAACCAACUGGUUUAGUAGCAGUAGCAGCAGCAGCAGAACAAAAUACACAUAAUAAUGACGUAUUGACAACAGAGGAGAAAUAUAACACGGAAGACGACUCAUUAGAAACCCCUACACACUCACGCCAGAAGCGUCAAUUGUCGGACUUCUUAAUUGCCCCCAAUACACGCUGGUGUGGUCGUGGUAAUACGGCUAAUGGUACCUAUAAUCAUUUGGGUGGUGCCUCUAUGGCUGAUAAAUGCUGUCGUACCCAUGAUCAUUGUAAAGUCUAUAUACCAGCCAUGAGUAAUCGUUUUGAUCUUUUCAAUUAUCGUCCCUAUACUUUGUCGCAUUGUAAUUGUGAUCGUCGUUUUCGCACCUGUCUAAAAAUGGCCAGUGAUGAAGAUGCCAAUACUAUAGGCAAACUAUUCUUUAACCUAGUACAAACUCAAUGUUUUGUUUUGGUCAAAGAGGUGGUGUGUCAGCAGCGUGCCAAGGAUGGUACUUGUCUAAAAGAGCAUGUUAAGCAGAAGGCUUAUUUGAGAAAUAAUAAAAAGUAUUAAGAGGGUGAAGGAAACAAGAUAAUAACGCUUCCAUGAAGUGUCUAACUGAACAAAUUCUCAAGUCUUAUUAAAACCUCAUUUAUUUUUUUUUUUUCUUAAUAAUAUUAUCAAUAAGUUAUAACUAAAGAAAGAAAAGCAAAAAACAAAAUAGUUUCCUAUAAUUUGUAAAACAAAAAAGUACUUAAACACGUUUAAAACUAACUCAAACACCUACACAACUGGCUAUAGGGUAUUAAACUCAUCGGCUGUUUUUGUUUACAAUUGUUUUUUUCAACGCCGCUGCUAAUUGGUUAAAUUUUCAAUUGUAUUAAAUAUUUCUAAUGUUGCCUGCAAAUUAAGGCCAAUAUAUAGAAAUUAUAUUAUUAAGCUAUAAGGUUUAACACCAACAUGAACUAAAUGCUGGUCUAAACAAAAAUAAAAAAUAAGCUGAAAAUUUGUCUAAUUAAUAAUAAUGUAAUUAUGUUUUUUUAGAAAUAGUUUUAUAUUUAUAAUUUUAUCAAAAAAUAUUAGCACUGACAAUGAGAAUAUUUUAGCUGUAAUACUUAACUGAUAAGCUUUAUUUUUAAUUUAAU